AUGGAAAUUUCCCAGACCACGAUCGGCAUCUUUUAUUUAAGUCGAGUUCUUGGCCUCGCUCCGUACACUGUCAAAUACGACAAAAAGGGUCGUGCUGAUAUUCGACGAAACAUCGUGAUCACUGUAUAUAGCUGCGCCAUCAUUUUCACUCUCGCUUCCCUAACAUAUAAUGGGCUUUUAUUUGAUGCUAAAUCUAAGGUUCCUAUAAGGCCUUCUUUUAGAAUGAACUCGGCUACGUCUAAGGUGGUAACAGCAAUCGACGUGUCAGUCGUGGUCUUCGCGACUCUAGCAGGACUCUUCUGUACCAUCGUGGGAAUACAACAGACACAGGAGUUGAACAGGAGACUAAAAGAGGCAGACGACACCCUUUCGUUGUAUACGAAUGAAGAGAAGGAUCGAAAACGAGGAUAUGCACUGAUGAUUACUGUCAUGGCGGUGAUAAGUAUGAUGUUGAGCUUAGACAUUUGGUCCUGGUACAAUGUGGCGAGCUCUAUGAUGACCGACGAAAAGGAAUCUCCCAAAUUAAACGUUCAAUGGUAUAUCCCAUUCUAUGGCCUGUACUUCAUCCUGAUGGGACUUCAUGUUCACUUUGCACACUCGGCAGUUGGUCUUGGAAGACGAUAUCGUCGCCUAAACAUGGCACUCAAGAAUUCAUUUCAAGAAGAUAUCAAAUCGCAUGCGGCUCAUUUUGGUGGUCCGGGGAUUUUCCGGGUUUCCACUGUGAAUAGCAACAAUAGAAAAACUAAAGAUACUUUGACGACAACAGAAUUGACGCCAUCGACUAUAACGACAACUAAUCAAAAGAAGAUGUCAUCUGGCGAAAAUAUAAUUAAUGGUGGCGGAGGAGGACGACAAAUGAUGGGAUAUUCAACAACAAAGCAUAACACACUCGAGAGAUUAGCAUACACACAUGAAUCUCUGGGAAAGGCGAUGAAUGCCGUUUCAGGAGCCUUCGGUUUUGCGGUUCUGCUCAUGUUGGUAUCAUGCCUCCUGCAUCUGGUCGCCACCGCAUAUUUUCUGUUUUUGGAAGUGCUCGUGAAAGGAAACGCGAUGGUAUCUUGGCUACAGGCCCUCUGGCUAUUGUUCCACAUAUCGCGAUUGCUGCUAAUCGUUGAACCAUGUCAUAUAACAAGCGCUGAGGCCAAAAGAACAAUCAUGAUUGUCUCCGAAAUACAAAGGAACUGCAAGGACGACUUCAUUAUGAGCCGAAUGGAAAAAUUCUGGCAACAAUUGAUAGCUGACAAUACAAAUUUCUCUGCUUGCGGCAUGUGCACAAUUAAUCGACAAAUUCUUACAUCGUUCAGUGGUGCAAUCGCAACGUAUUUAGUUAUUCUGAUACAGUUUCAAAAAACCGACGGAUAAAUUGAAGAAAAAGUGGAGAAAGGGCAAAGCAGACAUGUAGCGUUGGAAGGACUCUCGCAGAAAGGAAAGCAAAGGAGAUGGUGGUGUCCAUGGGAAGUUAUGUCGAAAAGGAUAACGAAUGCUGGAGUAGAUGGAAUCUAGAAAUAUGGUAUUACCUCUGAAGCGAAUUGCUUUGAGGAAGUAAAUGAAAACUUUGAAGGAAUGUUUCAUUAUUUUUUUUUGUUUGUUGUUAAAUUUGGAGAUGUUUCUUCGGAGGUUUUUAUAAAUUCAA